AUGCUUUCAAUAGAAAAAGAAACUUCUAGAGUUGCUACAACUAAACCAUUAGAUGAACUUUUUACCAAUGUCGGUCAAAAGUUUGAGACAGAGACCGUAAAGCAUGAAGGCUAUCGUUUUGACUACCCGUUAAGAUGGUUAAGAGACCCAUCUGUCACAAAAGCUAUUGGCUUUCGUAGAAUGAAGUUCAUUUCAGAAGCCAUACAUGGUUUCCCAUUUACGGUCGGUUUUGAAGUUCGAUACUAUAACAAAGAAAAACGUAUGUAUGAGAAAUUUGAACAGGGAAAACUUUUACAAGUGAAUUUGCUUGUAAACUUAGAAACAACUCUUCAAGCUUUUCAAGAAAAAAUAAACGAUAUCUAUCUCGAAUAUGCAAAACAGUACAACAUUGACGAAGGAGAGUACCAUCUCGAUAUUAUAUAUGACAGGAAAAAUGCAACUGUUAAAAUCAAUAGAAUAGAAGACCUUGGAGAAAAC